AUGAAGGAGAGUAUUACGUCGUGGGUUGCUGGUUCGACAGCCUUAGUGAGGGUAUUUAGCAUUGAUAUCUUCAUCAAAGAUGAAUUGUGGCUUAGCUAUUUGAAGAAGAGUUUAAAUUUAUCUAUUGCGAUCUUAUGUUUAGGUGGACAAUACGCGGCAGCUGUCUUGAGAUUUAGGGUGUUGAAAGGGUUAAAUUAUCUCCACGGACGGCAUGUUGUGCACCGUGACCUCAAACCGGAAAACAUCCUGCUAUCUGCUAAUGACGUCAUCAAAAUCUGUGACUUCGGAUUGUCUCGUUUGAAAUGGCAAACUGAUCGACCGUUGGAUAUGAGCACCAACGUAGGCACCUUAUGGUACCAAGCCCCGGAAAUGUUGAUGGAAAAUUCGAAUUAUGAUGCUAUGAUCGAUAUUUGGUCUGUUGGAAUUAUUUUUACGGAAUUGGUCAACACAUUACCUUUGGUCACCCAAAACUCGAAUGCUCAUCAGUUAUCACACCUAGUAAAAAUACUGAAAUGGAGAACAGAGGACUUGGUGGAUGUCAACAAUUAUUUACGCGAAUCUGGUUAUAACCAAAACGUUGGAAAUCAAUUGAAAUCGUCAUCGAAAUCAUAUGCAGUAACCAACACUGUUGCAGAACUUAGAAAAGUGUUCCCCCAAUUUACUUUAAGUAUGCUAGACCUAGUCGCCAGUUGUCUGCAGCUGAACCCAGCAAACCGCAAAAACGCUGAGCAGUUAUUGCACAUGAAAUUUUUUACCGAAGGAAGAUUCUCAUUUCACAUUGAUAAAUUGCUAGAAAUCAGAAUAAAAAAUGACAAAAUGUGA